GUUUAAGGGAGAUGAGCAAUGAGUUGGCUUGAAAGAAUCAACGAGAUCGAUCCGUCAAGCCACUCGAGCUUCUCAAGCAACCUAAACUAACACCUCCGUCUCACUCCUCCAGGCACGCUAGCCACGAUGCAGUUAGGCAUGGGCUAGCUAUAGCUAAUAGCUAAGCUCGAUCGAUCUCUUCUUCUCCUCCUCCUCCUAUCCACUGUCCAAAAGACGGUGAUCGAUCUGUCUCCGACUGCCGCCGCCGAUGUCGUCGUCGUCGUGCGCGGCGGGCGCCGAGGCCACCGGGCUGGUGGCCAUGGACUGCCUGGUGGUGUGCUGCUGCUGCCCGUGCCUGGUGCUGCAGAUCACCGUGUUCCUCUUCGUCAGGCUGCCCAAGAAGGUGGUUGUCAAGUCCAAGAGGAUCAUCCUCCGGAGAUGGCACGGGAGAAGAUCAUCAUCAUCGGCGGCGGCGGCGGCGGCCAAGAGAGGCUGCAGCACGGUCGACCCGGCUGCAGGCGUGAAGAAACAGCUGGAGGAGCUAUUUGACGACGACGAUCUAUUCCAAGGCGCAUUCGGCGGCGGGAUCAACGGAGGCGGCGGCGACGACGAGGAGGGGUGGUGGAAAGAGAGGUGCUUCGCCGUCGACGACGACGACGGCGGCGUGUGGGAGGCGCUGAUCGAGCAAGAGGGGCUCUUCUGGUUCGGGAGCUUCUGGGGCCGGACGACGGAGCAGGUGGAUCGUCCGGAUCAGUUUGGAGACGACGAACAUGCCCACCCAGCCUUGAGGUUUCCUCUCGUUCUCGAGAGAGUUUGUGACUAAAUUAGCUAGAGUACUUAAUUUAUCAAUGCAAGCUUAAUUAGGGACAGUCGCAACAUAAUUCAGGCGUUGAGCUCGGUUUCUGGCUGAUGAUUGCUCAUUGAGUUCUUAAUCAAUUACAUCCUGUUCCGGCCAUUUCCA